AUGAAAAUGUCACUCCUUCAACUUGAGCGUUCUUAUUUAGAUGCUCUUUCUGAGUUAGGUGAACAUGCACCAUAAACAAUUCAAGCAUGUGUUACUCUCAUAGAGACCCUCAAUCAAACAGGUCGAUAUUAAAUACAACAAAAAUAAUAAGGUGAGAAAUACUUUUAAAGAGCUAUUGAAUUGGCAUCUAAAUUAGAAAUGGAGGAAUUGCUUAAUGUUAAAUAUUCUACUUACAUGUUAUAUGCAGAGUAUCUAGAAUUUUAGCAUAAUAAUAAAUAAGCCUAUAAUCUAUUAAUACAAUUACUUCCAUUGUAAAAAACCAAUUAAAAAAGCAUUAUUAUGAUAUAAAUCUAAAUCAUGAAUCAUAUAAUAGAGAAUGGUCGACUUUGCAAAAUUGCAAAUGUUGUGCCUUUAAAUGAAAAAUUGUUGAAUCUAAUGGAAGAAAUUGGAUUAACCUUUUAUCUUUAAAAACAAUUCUCUAAGAAGUUUUAAUAAAUUCUAUUACAAGCACUCUCAUUCUAAGCCAAAAUAUAUCAUAAAUAAAAUAAAGACAGAGAAGCAGCAUAAUUAUAUUUUUAAUCGUUUCAUCUCUCUGAAGAAUUACUUGGAAUUCAUGAGAAAAGAACUCAAGAAUAUAAAAGAUUAUAUGAGUAAUUAAGUGAUAAGAUAUCUGUAAAUAUAGAAAUAUAGAGUCAAGAUGAAGAAGAUGAUGAGCAACCUUAAUAAUUAUAAGUAACACCUAGAGAAGAAAUUCUUAAAACCUUCCGUCCUAAAAUAACCUCAUUCAACAAUUAUAUUAUCAAUGUAGAUUCUGCUAGAGCUCCAAAACCUUCCAAAAAAAUAGAUAAAUCAAAUAAACUAACUACUUCUUCAUCUAUCAACAAACCUACUCUUUUAAUUAAAGACACACCCUUAUAAUCUUUAUUCAUUAUAAAAAAUCAAUCUAAAAGACCUACUAGUUCAUAAGGUACUACUAAAUUAACUAGUCCUACAAGGGGUGCCUCAUUUUUAUCCAAAAAAAAUACUGAAAGAUUUCAUAAUAAAAUGUUAUCUCUUGAAUAAAGUGCCUUAAAAGAAUUAGAUGAUACUCAACCUCCAAAUCUAACAAAUGAAUUACUCAUUACAAGACCAUAAUAUGAACAUAAACCAUUUAAAAGAAUUGAAUUUUAUAAAUAACAUACUUCAAAAUAAUAAACUACAUCCAACUACUAAAUUUAACUCACCAUUCCUACAAGACCCUAAAUUAGAGAACCUUCUAAAAACAACAUUAUAAGUAAAGUAGAUAUUAAGAAAAUUUCUAAUACUCCUAGUACUUAAAAAAUUGAAAGACCUUCAUAAAAAAAGAUUUUGGCUCCAGAAAUCUAACCAACUAUCUUAAAUAUUAAACAAAUAGGAAGUACUAAAAAUUUAACAAAUGAUAAUGAUGAAGAUAUUACAAAAUAAGAGGAAAAUAAAAAUUUAUCAUUUGAAAAUGAAGAACCUAUUAAAAUACAUUCUCCUCAUGAUUCAAUUAUAGCAAAAUAUUUAGAAACACAUUCUAUUGAUAAAUUGUUAGAAGCUGUAGAGAAGAUUAAAGGAAAACUAAAAAAAUAUGUUUAAAACUCUCAUAAAAGGAAAAUAGAAUUAUAAGAAAGAAAACAUUAGCAUUCUCCUAGUAGAGUUAUAAUGAAUAAUAAAUAAUAAUAAUUAAAUAGAUCCAAUACUUUAAUUGAUAUAGUUGAAAAAAAACUUCUUGAAAAUGAAGCUAGUAAAAUCAUAUUUAAGUUUUUCUAAUCAGCAAAUACAAUGGAAUGGUAUCCUAUACAUUUUUAUGAUAAAUUAUUUACAGAUUUCGAAACAUCUAAAUGGACCCUUGAAAAUCCUAGAAUAAGAGGAUAAUUUUUAUAAAAAUCAGCAAAAAAUGAUGAUUGUCAAUAAAUUAAUCUUGAAUAGAUAUAAAAUAUUCUUUUUAAUUUAAAAAGACAUUCAGCCCUUCAAGUAAUUGGAUCUAUUGAAAUCUCUAAUCAUACUAGAAAAAUUUAAUUUAGAUUUAUAAUAGAUACAUUAGUUGAACAUUAUAAAGAUAUAUAAUCAUAUGAUGACAUGAUGGAUUUAUUUGAUUAAUUAUUGAAUAUAUAUUUGAUGCAAGAAGAUUUAUUUAGUGAAUGGCUAGACAAUAGGAAAGAGUAAACACUUUAUAGAGUAAGUAAAGGUAAAGUUACAGCACCAGAUCAAAAGAGAUUAAGCAUUAAUAUUGAAUUUACUAGAGAACAUAAAAUGGAAUUAUAAGAAAAUAUACAAUUCUAUUAAUAUCUUUUAUCAAAGGUUCUGUUUUUAAUAAAAAGAAAGAGUUAUAUUAGAACUAUGAAUGGUUAUAAAUUUAAAUCGGUUCCAUAGAAUCUUUAAGUCUCAAUUUAAUAAUAUAAUAAUUAAAUUUAUUAAAAAAAAUUAGAAAGAAUUAGAAAUUAUUUUCAAUAUUUAGAUUGUGAAAUUUAAAAUUAGAAAAGCAAACCAAUAUUGAGUUAAAAGAGACAUCGUAAAAGGAAUAAAGAUAAACAUUUAUUUAUAGCUUAAGAUAGGAAAUAAACAAUAAUAAAAGAAGCAACAUCUCCUGCUUAAGAUGAUGAAUCUCAACCACAUUCAUAAAGAAAUAGUCCAUAUGUUUCUUUAAAAGAUACUGGUAUUAUAAUAGGUAAUGAAUUAUAAUCUAGAUAAUUAAUAUUGGGAGCAGAAACUCCACUCAUUUAACCUUUAUUGAGAUAACCUGUGAAAUCUAAUUGGAAAAAUAUGGCUCAUUAAGAGGCACCUCCUUAAUUAAUAGAUAUAUUUACUUUAGAAACUUAAGAUUAUUUGUAAAGAUACUUUCCAGAAUUUAAACUAAAUAUUCCUCCUAUUGAUUAUCAUCCUACUCCAGCUCCAAACAUUAAAAAGAUCUUAACAGAAUCUCAAUAUCAUUUUAGAUAAGAAAUACCAAGUAAGAAAUAUGUAAAAUUGGAAUAUAAACCAAUUCAUUUAGAAGAUUAUUUGAUUUUAACAUAAGUGGUUAAAAUUGAUAAACAAUUUUAUUAUCUCACUUUAUCAGACAAAUUAUAAUUAAAAUAAGUUUUUGGAAAAGAUUUAUGGGAAGAUUAAUUAGAAAUUUAGUUAAAACAAUUGAUAAAUUAUACUGUAGGAAGAACAGGAUAUAUAAUAGAUUUAAUAGAAUUAUAAAAUAUAUUAUAAUAGAAGUUAUAAAUUGUUAAUUGUAAAAUUUAAAUCAAAUAGGAUGAGACUGAUAAUUCAUACCAAAAAAAAUUAAAUAAAAUCUUCAGAGUAAAUAAAAGACUAUAUUAAGUAAUUCAAUCAAUAGAAUUUAUAGAAGAAGGACUCAAAGAAUUAUCAUAAGAAAGUAAUAGUCAAUAAGAAGAUAGUGUUGAUUUAGUAGAAGAAUAAAAAAGAGAACCACUUAUUGAUAUUGUAUUUAUACUUGGAAUCUUACAUAACAAUACUUAUAUUGAAUAUCUAAAUUAUUUACCAAAUUGUUAUCUAUUAAAAAAUUUAAAUGGAAAAUUUAUGUUAUAAGAUCCUGAACAACCUAGAAAACCAAAAUUUCCUUUUAGAUUAAUCUUAUCUCAUGAAGAUAUGAACAAACAUAUUUCUAGAACAAAUGAAUAAACUAUUAAUGCUAAAGAUAUCACAUUAUUUCCUCAUUAUAAUUCAGUAUUUCUAAUAAGAUAAAAUUAAUUCAUUUAUAAACCAAUAGGAGUAAAAUUACGUAUUCUAUCUGAUCUAAGAAAAUUACAUCAAGAUAUUAGGAAUACACAAUCAAAAGCACAUUUAUUAAUUUAUUAUAAUAAUAAUAGAAAGAUAUCCCUUUAACUUAAUUCUGAAUAGACAGAAAAAUGGGCUCAUUUAUUUCAAAUAGAUGGAAAUAUGCGUUAACAUAUUUUAAAUUAUAAAAGUAAAUUAAAAAAAACUUUAGUUGGGUUUAAGUUGUAUUAAAAUGAGAAUCGAGUAUCUUAAUCAAAAGAUCCAAGAUUUUUAUUAAUGUAAGAUAAACUUACUUAAGCAAAAUAAUAUUUUAUUUAAACAAAAAUUAAAUCAAUUGGAUGUGUAUUUGUUUCUGCAAAGAUUCAUUCUUCAAUAAUGCUAAUGAGAAUUAUGCCAGCUGGAAACAAGAGUAAAUCUCAUCUUUUUAUAUUUUAAAUUGAUAAAUAAGAUCCUAUUAAAUUGAUAUAUACUUUAUGUAAUUAAUUUAUUCUAAAAACAACUUAGACUUAUUCUAAAUUAGAACUUAUGCCUAUUACAAAAAAUUAAAUACGUAAAUAAUAUCUAUUAUCAAAUUAAUAUCAUGAUAAUAAUGUGUUAAUAGGUUAAAGAUCUUAUUCAAGAGUUGUUUAUAAAUAAGUAAAAAAAAUAGAUAAAAGCUAUUUUAUAAUAACAGUUACAUUAAUUUAAAACUUUUUUUAGAUUUACCUUUAUAAUUAAAAUAAUUGUCGUAGAUUUUAUUUUACAAUUCAUAGAUCAGAUUUUUUAAUUAUGAAUUAAUAUUUUUUAGAUUCAAUAUUUCCAGAAUAACCACAUGAAGUUGUUGAAUAAUUCUUCAGACCUUGGAAAUUAAAUGAAAUUUAAAAGAUUUAUUCAUUAAUUAUUAAAGCUCCUGAAACAUUUAGAAAUAGAACAUAAUUGUAUAUUUAAUAAAUUACAUAAACAAAAAAAAAUCUAAAAAGAUCUGCUACAUCUAGUUUUUCUAGUGUUAGUGUUAUUUAGAGAUAAUCAACAUUAUAACUUAAUCAAUUAUUAGAAGAAUUAAAUGAAGAUAAUAUAAAUAAAUCAUGUUGGUUAUUUGAUAAAUUAUUAUUACGUAAAUAUAAUAGUGUAUUCGAGAAUAAAUUAUGGAUGGAAAUAAUCAAAUAGAUGAAUAUCAAUUAAAAUUAAAUUGUAUUAGAUACUUUUAAAACAGUUUUAUCUGAAUUAGUUUAUUUUAAUGAUAGAACAUGCAAUUUUUUAUGUUAUAUUCCAUGUCAUGAAAUUUAAUAAUCUUUUAGAUGGUAACCUAUUAGAUUAAGAAUUCAUUCAUAUGAUAAUUGCAAAACAAUUGAUGUGCCUUUAAAUAUUAGAGGGAAAUAAGUUUAAGUUUAUAAAUUAGGCAAUUCUUUGUAUUUGAAUUAUCAAAGUAAAUAAGAAAUACCAAGUAAUUAAGAAAAUAUGAAAAUCAAUAAAAAUAAUGAUUCAGAAUAUAUCAAAUAUUAACUACUAUAUAAAGGAGCAUUUAUGAAGCAUAAGAUGCUCUUUAUAGCUAUAUAUUUAUAUAAUGAUGUAUUUCAAGUUAGAAUCUUCAGCUAAACUAAUUCUAUAUCUAGAAAAUUGGAUGUUAAUUAAGUCGAAUUAAAGAUUCCAUAUAUUAGAUAAUUAUUAAUGUUAAAUCCUUAUGAAGCUGGCCGAAGAUUGAGUAUUAUAUAUAGGAAUAACUUCAUUCAUGCUUCAUUUUUAAAGUUGUGA